CACAUCCCGAUUGAAUUCAAGACAAAUCUAGAGUCGAAAGCGUUUAGGCAUCGCUUAAAUAUGACACAGGGUCGAACGAAGAGUGCAUUUACUUCGACUGGAACUCUGAUUUCUGUGGUCUCUGUCCUGAUCUACUGUGCUGGUUUUGUAAGAGUUGAAAUCAAACUUAAUGAACAGGAAGAGAGAAUGAGUGAGAUGGAGAAAUUGCUGAGGGUCAAAGAUCCUUCUUCAAGCGAAGUGAAAUCGAGUAAAAAGGACCCAACUAUGGAUUUAACAGGUAAAACUUCAGGGAUUCACUCAAACAUCGCAAACGACAUUAGAAUUAAGCGACAUGUUGCAAACGAUUUGAAUAUCACUGAAAACAAAGAGAGAGACCAAUUUGUCGUGAGACUUGAAAGUCUGCUAUCAGACAGAGUGAUGAAACUUUGUCAAGCAAAACAUUCCUGCUCACAAGGUCCUCCAGGCCCUCCAGGUCAACCUGGACCACGCGGAACAAAAGGAUCCCGGGGAAGGAGAGGCAAAAAAGGAAUAAAGGGCGACGAAGGAAUCAUGGGAUCGCCUGGAAAAGGUGGAAAGCAAGGCAUCAUGGGCCCUCGGGGGCACAAAGGAGAGCCAGGGAAGAAGGGACAGACAGGGCCCCCAGGGGUGACUGGUAGACCCGGAAUGAAAGGAGACCCUGGAGAAUCUAUUUCAUCUCCUGUGGUUGGUAUUUCGCCUUCAACGCUGAGGGUAAACGAAAACGAGGCAGCCUCGUUGCAAUGUUCAGCGAGUGGAAAUCCUCAGCCUAUAAUUGAAUGGAGUAGAAAUGAUUCCACUUUGAGUCCAAAGUUGGAAAUGACCUCUGGAAAGAUUACGUGGAAGAAAGUUGCUGGUAGUGACUCCGGCAUCUACACGUGUACGGCGAGAAAUAUUUUAGGAAAAGCGGAAGGAUUUGCAAAACUUACAGUGAACGUCAAGCCUCUUGUAUCUUUACAUCCGGGGCCGACUUACGUAAAGGAAGGAACUAAUGUGACAUUACCGAUAUGCCAUGUGACUGGGUAUCCCCGUCCAACAACGACAUGGAGCAGGCCACUUGGCAAGCUUCCACACUCAAGUGUUUACAGUUACCUUGGCAAUAUCAGUAUACUCGAAGUGUUCAACAUCCAGAUGAAAGAUUCUGGUAAUUACAUUUGUACCGCCUCCAAUCUUCUGGCUACUACCUCCAUGCAAACAUUCUUAGUCGUGGUUAGACUUCCUAACUUCACUAUCAGGCCUCCUGGAAAUGUUUCCUUGACCGCAGGUGCUUCUUUAACGAUACACUGCAGCGCAACUGGUGACCCGCAACCGGUCAUUUCUUGGAAGAGACUUGGAGCACAGCUUCCUGAUGGAUGGAAUCAGUGGUCAAAUGGAUCACUUACAGUGAGAAACGUGACACAUGAAGACGCUGGUAUUUACAUGUGCGUCGCCACUAGUGGAGGGGUUUUAGAGAAUUCUGCAAUAAGCAAAGUUCAUGUGAAAUCAGAUUGCUCGACGCUGCUGAAAAAUGACCACACCCAGAGUGGGAUAUACAAAAUCGACCCAGACGGGAAAGGACAGUUCAGAGUGUAUUGUGACAUGCAUACUGACGGCGGAGGCUGGACUGUCUUUCAGAGAAGGCGAGAUGGCUCAGUAGACUUCUCUCGGGGAUGGGACGACUACAAAGCAGGGUUUGGUCAGCUGACUGAUGAGUUUUGGCUGGGAAAUGAAAAGAUCCACCGACUGAUAGCCUCUACACCCAGCUCCCUAAGAGUUGACAUGGAGGACUGGAACAGGGCCAAAGCGUAUGCCAAGUAUGACCGGUUUAGCGUUGGGGACGAGAAGUCUCAGUAUAAACUUGAAGUUGGAUCGUUUUCAGGAACAGCAGGAGAUUCACUGACAAAUCAUAAUACAAUGAAAUUCAGUACGAAAGACAGAAACAAUGACUUAUCCGGUUCUAACUAUUGUUCGAGAAUUUAUACUGGAGGGUGGUGGUUUAAUUAUUGUCACUCUGCUAAUCCUAACGGCUUGUAUCAGGGAAAAAAUGGGAAUGACUAUAAAGGAAUUAUUUGGUACACAUUUAGAGGAACAAAAUCUCUUAAAUUUAUUGAGAUGAAACUGAAAACGACAUCCUAAAUUAAAAAUCAUAAUUUCAACUUAGAAAUGAACAACCGUUCGUUUGAUAUUGAAACGGCUUAGGCGCAGCUCGAAGUUGAAGAGGAGAGAUUUUUUUCUUUUUUAUAAGUUUCGCCCAUAGCAAACAUUUGCAUCACUACCAAUGGAAAUUCAGUUUCUUAGCUGUACUAUGGAUAUGUAGUGUCUAGGAUAAUCGUAAUACGUACGUUAGACCUGAAAUCUCUUGAAUAUUUUUGUUCUCAGUUUUCCGAGUUUACUUCUUAUAUAGAGCCGCAAAUCUUUUCUACAGCGAUUUCCAAGUCUGCUUCCAAUAUCACGCGGCUAGUUCCUCGAAAGUGGAGAAAAACGCUUUUAAGAGGACAAGUGAAACUGUGUUAGAUAAAUCUAAGAGGAUUUCGAAAGACCCGGGUAGAAUAUAAUUUGGAAGCUAAUCUAGUACAGGAGUCCGAUCUGUUGUUUACGAGUAUGACGCAUGUCACAUACGAUCUGGUCAUCAAUCGCGUUUGAGGAUUUUUUUAAACAGCUUUUAAGAGCUUUAAACAUAAGGAAAGUCCCUUCUCUUUCGGAGAAAUCACAACCGUGACUACAGGAUGUUGGAAAAUUUCUAACGAAUGACACUUUGAUGAAAAUUCUGAUCACUUGCAAAUUUCUUUUAUGUUGAGAACUAGAGAAUCUUUUAAACUGCGACUUGCAUUAGAGUUAUUAUUUUAUUUCGCGACUUUUAUAGUAGAAAGAAUAUGAUCUAACAACAUCAACAAUAAGGGUAAACCAGAUCAAAUUGAGUCAUUCUUGUCUGAGCAUUAAAGUAAUAUUUUUACAGUGUUCUUCAUUCUUUUGGUAUACAUAGUGCAAAAUAAAGAUACCCAGGAUCAGAAGUCAGUAUUUCUAGGCUAAUGGUAUAAUUAGAAACAAGAUUAUAGGAGACUUCUUUGUACAGUGGUUUAGCUGUUAAAUUAAACAUUAUCAGAUUUUAUUCAAUAUAAAGACUGUUAAGUUUAGUCUAGAACAGCAACACAACGAAUAGGGAACGUCUACAUAUACUACUCUGUAGGACGGCUGCAGGUCAGCGCGCAUUUACUUUCAGAGGCCAAAAGCUGUGGAAUAGUCUCCCAGAUGAGUUUCAGUCUAUCACUAAUUUAGAUGUAUUUAAAGUAAAAAUAAAACAGCAUUUUUUAAGGGUAUUUUUAGAAAACUAAGUUUUAGAUAUUUGACAUUGUAAAUUAAGCUGAAAAGCCUUUUUGAGGAGAUUAAUAAAGUUAUUAUUUUAUUA